AUUCCCGAGCAGAGCAGAGCAACCGCAUUAACAAUAAUGACACCAGAAAACAAUUGAAAUAAUUCUAGCAUAAACUUUUAGCCAACGUUUGCCAACAACGGGUACAAUACUUUUAUUUUUUUUUAGUUUUCGUUACACCGUCAAGGAGUCUAUUUGGAAAAUUGCAGCGGAGAAAAAAAAUUCGGAAAAAAAUCAGCAAAAUUCCGCAAAAAUAGUCCAAGAGUAAAUGCUUCCUAAUAUGUGUUAGAGAGUGAGAGAGGCCUUCCAAAGAUGCAACUAUUUCGACUUUUCCAUUGGCUGCUGUUUACUUGGCUCAGCUUGUGGGGCUGCGGGGCCCAACAGACGCAUAUUAAACUGGAGCAGGGCGAUCUGAUUGGUCUGAAAGUUUUUCCAGACGGAGCACGGAGUGCUGUCUAUGCAUUUCUGGGAAUACCCUAUGCACAGCCGGCUUUGGGAUCGCUACGAUUUGCGCCCGCCAAGUCGCAUAAUGGGUGGAACCGGACGCUUCAAGCCACAGCGAUGCAGCCCAUUUGUCCGCAAUUAUCAAAUACGAUUUAUGACGAGAGCGCCGAUGGCAGCAUAUCUCGUGCUGCAAGCAACAGCGAGGACUGUCUCUAUCUAAACAUCUGGACACCUGAGUCGGGCUUGCGCUAUGGAAAAUUGCCAAUGCUGGUCAUAAUUAGCGGAGAGGAUUUCGCCUAUGACUGGCCGCGUAAUCGCAUAAACGGCAUGGAUUUCGCCGCCGCCGAGGGCAUUGUUGUGGUCAGCGUGCAGUAUCGCAACAAUAUUUAUGGGUGGUUGGGACUGGGUCAGGAUCAUCGCCAGCUGCCGGGCAACUAUGGAUUGAGUGAUGUUCAAAUGGCGCUGCGUUGGCUACAACGCAAUGCGGUCAGCUUUGGAGCCAAUGCCGAUCAAUUAACGCUGCUCGGCCAUGGUAGCGGAGCUACUUUGGCAUUAGCCAUCGCUUUACAGCCUGCUCCUGAUGGUGCUUCGUUGUUCAAGCAACUGAUUCUGAUGUCCCCGGGGCCAGUGCUGUACGCCUUGGGUGCUGGCCAUCAGGAACGCAUUGUGGCCACGGGUCGCACUCUCGUACAUAAGCUCGGCUGUCAGUUUGAAGAGGCCCAGCACCGUCAGCUGCUGAGCUGCCUACGCCGCAAGAGCUCCGAGGAUUUACUGCGUGCCUAUGAAAGCGUUUAUAAUCACGGCAAUGCCAGCAUGCAGCUAGGCGUUCAGCUGCCCCAUUCUGAUGAUUUGGAACAGCGCUUGGCUAAUGUGUCUCUGCCACCUAUGCUUCUGGGCAUUGGCUCCAAUGAGGGCGCCUUCAUGCAGGAUUACUGGCUGGAUGUGGCACGCGAUGGCCAGCAGGCCCUGCACAGCUAUAUCAAUGCAACGCUGCUGCCAAAUGUCCUUCGCUCUAUGAAUCCACACCUGGAGGCGGGUGCGAGCGACACUCAACUGGCAGCCAUUCGUUGGCGUUACUAUAGCGACGAUGCCUCGGUCACUCAGCUGCUGUGGGGCAUGCAGCGGCUGCUGUCCGAGGCGCUCUAUGAGACGCCCUUCCUGCGCCUGCUGCAGCUACUCAACAAUAGCAGCAGCGUCGGCUAUGCCUAUGUCUUCGACCAGUCCCAUGCCCAUGCGAUGGACAUGCGCGGCAGACAGAAUCUGUUUGGCGGUGCCUCGCACAGCGCCGACCUGCCGCUCCUGCUCGGUCCUAGCUUAUUCCAGCAGAUUGCGCGUCGCCGUUUUAGUGCCGAGGAGGAGCAGCUGUGCCGCAAGCUGCGCGACUCCUUUGCCAACUUUGUCAAAGGCGGUAAUCCCACACCCGGACGCAUUUACGAUGCCUGGCAGCCGUACACACAGCAACGUCCCUUUAUCUAUGCCCUGGGUGAGCGGACCAAGAGCUUAGAGCUGCCAACCAGCGAGGAUGAGGCCGCCAUUGAAGAUCUACUAAGCGGUAAACAGCAAAUCGGGAUCGGCACAGAUCGCAGCUUGUCCAGGACAAACCGACAUGACAACUAUCGGCAGGGCAAUGUCAACUCGUAUGUGACCAACAACCAGCUAGAUUCCGGUUACGGCAAUCACUUGCGACGCGUUUAUGGCUUUUGGCAGGUGCUAUUGCCUUCCACUCAGGAUGGUGAACUCCGCGAUGGCAGCGGCGGUGUCUUGACACAGCGUGUAAAGCUCUUGGAGGCCAGUGCAGAUGCGGCACGCUAUCGCCAAGGAUUUUAUGCCAUGCUGGGACUGGUGUGCCUUCUCCUUGGCUGCCUCGGCUUGUGUGUCUAUCUGCUGCGGCGCGAGUUGCCGCUCAGCAGACGCAUCUCAUCAGGAGAGCCUUCUUAUGGUUUAUGACAAAAGUGGUU